AUGGAGGAGUUACGCAUUUUGAACUAUUUUAAGGUGCAACAUAGAUCGUGCAAAAUUUCUACUCCAAUAGAGGUUAGUUGGUCUCCUCCUAACCAAGAUCAAAUCAUGAUUUGCUGUGAUGGCGCCUCACUUGGAAAUCCAGGCCAAGUCGGUGCUGGUGUUACUUUUCGUGAUGCCAAUGCAGCAGUGCUCGGAGUUCUUUGUGUUGGCCUUGGUUGGCAAACCAAUUAUUAUGCGGAAAUGUGUGCUGUAAUUUAUGGUGUGAUGCUAGCCAAGAGGUGGAACGUGAAGAAUAUUUGUGUUCAGAUUCGAAGAGUUUCAUUCAAGCUUUUCAAAAGGGUGAGCUGCCAUGGCAGCUAA